CCGCGGGAUUCAAAAACUGUCCGUGUGUAGGGUUAGUGGUGCCGGGAGCUGGUUGGGUUCGCACACAGUCUGCUAUCCGGGAAUACAGCCUUGCCGACACCGCUCCACCCGCUCCCACAGCCGAGACCAGUGAUCGGUAUUGCAGGUAGGUGACAUUAUCCCCCAUAGAAUGGGGCUCAUACACUGGGAUCCCGCUGGGUCAGGGAACACGCUGUGUGCAGCACUGGACAAGACCAGAUCCCCAGCUAGUGUCCAACUACAACUCCCAUGAGGCUUUGCCAGGGGAAAGGAUGGCAAAGCAUCAUGGGAUUGGUAGUUCUACAACUAUUGGUGAUCUGCCCUUUGCCACCUUGGUUUAGGAGGUGUAGCUCACAUCCCCUGACUAUCACACUGUUGUGCUCUUUAUUCCCUGGUUAUGGGUACUUUUCAAUUUAAAUUCUACCCACUGAUUGGGGUGUAUGUACCCCUUGACAGGGGGUUAGAUAAUUUAUCUGAGGGUCACUGCUUUCUCAGUUAACAUUAUAGAAACCAUAUUGAGCAUAAUGUUUCCUGAUAUUUUCAGAUGUGUCUGAAAAUUACCGAAUAUCAAAAUGUAUGGGGUAGUAUAUCUAAAAAAAAGGGGUACAAUUUUAUAAAGAGCAGUGUUUUUUUUUUUUUUUUUUUAAUCUAAUGGAAGUUAUGUUUUGGUGGGUGACUUCAGGUUUAGGGGGCUUAGGACUGCACAGCCUAUUUGCCUAGUGUUUAUCCAUGGAACCUGCUAAGACUUGUUCAUUGUAUUUAGAUGCAAUGUGGUUUCAAUUUUGGCUGCAUGUAAAGAUAGAUUUGGUUGCUUUGAACAGAAUAGUGAGUGACAAACUGCAGCACAAAUACAUUAUAACUAAUCUACAUGUGAAUAGCUAAAAUGUGUUGAAAAGGUUAAAGGAACACUUGACAUUCCAAGACUACUACAGCAUGUUCUAGUGGUUAUGGUGCUAAUAGUGCCCUGGCACACCCCUCAAUGCAUGUAGUUAAAUAAUUUUCUAGUGGCUUGACUUUUCACCUGGGGUUCGCUGUGUGAUACUCGCUGCUCAGGGUAUAGCUCAAUUUGCUCCAUGCAGGAGUUUGUUUGUCUUCUGGAUUGGAAGGAAACGGCAGGGAUCGGCAUCCAGCAGCAAUAGGUAAGGAGUCAAACCGUAGGAACAGCUGACUGUACACUGGCAUUCCUGGCACCGUAUGCAUUAGUUUGCUGUAAGGGUUGGCGUUUUACUUAAACUGUUUCAACACAAUUGGCUAUGCACAAAAGGCACAUUUAAUUGUUUACAUUUGAACCGCAAUGCCAUUUGGAUAUCGCUUGCAAGAUUGGGUAAAACACUCAAAGCACCAUAACCACUACAGCUUAUUAUUUUAGAUCAGUUUGACAACUUAAAGGACCACUCUAGGCACUCAGACCACUUCAGCUUAAUGAAGUGGUCUGGGUGCCAGGUCCAGCUAGGGUUAACCCAUUUUUUCAUAAUUAUAGCAGUUUCAGAGAAACUGCUAUAAUUAUGAAUGGGUUAAGCCUUCCCCUAAUCCUCUAGUGGCUGUCUCAUUGACAGCCACGCUAUGCGUGCUUCUCACUGUGAUUUUCACAGUGAGAGCACGCAGCGUCCAUAGGAAAGCAUUGUAAAUGCUUUCCGGCUGAAUGCGCGCGCAGCUCUUGCCGCGCGUGCGCAUUCAACCAGGAGGAGGAUCGGAGGAGAGAGGAGCUCCCUCCCAGCGCUGGAAAAAGGUAAGUUUAAACCCCUUUCCCCCUUCCAGAGCCGGGCGGGAGGGGGUCCCUGAGGGUGGAGGCACCCUCAGGGCACUAUAGUGCCAGGAAAACGAGUGUUUUCCUGGGACUAUAGUGGUCCUUUAACUUUGCUCCUGUCAGACACCUAUGGUCACAUACCCUAAUUCUGAGGAACAGCAAUUGAGAGAAUCUAGCUGUACUGAGCUAUAGGUAAAGUCAAGCAGAACCAUGAUCAUUGUGUGAGUGGCCGCCAAGCCGAUCAGCCAUGCUUAGCUCUUCUGAGACAUCUGGCUUCUACCGGGGAUGUUCUGAAAUAACUACACUGGCAUAGCACUAGGGCAAUCCUGGCACACUAACUGCUAGAAUGUUCCUUUUAAAGGUUAUAUCAUCCACAUCAAAAGGAGUUUUCAUAAAGAUAAACAUGACAGUGGCCAUGAAGAACUGGGUUAGGUAAGCAAAACUUAUCUUCUACUGCACCCAUGGUCAUUGGGCACCAAGCGGAGCAGUCACAGUUGGUGGUCUCUGCAGACUCCAUACACUGACAGAGCUGCUUUAAAGGGAUUCUAUAGUGUUAAGAGUUCAAAGCUGUAUUCCUAAUUCUUUAGUGUACCUCUUUCCCCACAGCCCCCCUUUGCAGCAAUGAAAGGAUUAAAAAAAAAACAAACAAAAAAAACACACUAUUUAACUUACCUGUUUAGUGCUGGCUCCGCCUCCUCCAGUGUCAGUGCAAAGGGAAACCUAUCGCAUAUAUGUGGCGAGUGCUGCCCAUGUAUUAGGCCUUUUCCAUAGAAAAGCAUUGACUGAGUGCUCUCAAUGGGAAUUUCCAAGACGUUGGUACAUGAUCUGCUUCUUUUCUCAUCACUGACCAUAUUUAAUGGGAAAAGUCAUUUCCAUUUUACUGUUUCUGGCGUCCAUAGCCUUUGCUGCUUUGUCAUGAGUGUAAUGGUUAAUGCUACAAAUACGGAGUCCACAAGCGGCUAGCCCAGCUCUUAGCCUGCACUAAUACUCUUUGACUUGUCAGGUGCUGCUAGUCCUCUUUGGACAGGUUGGCAGCAGGUGGUAUUCCACGUAUGGUAAAGUUAUGACUGCUGCAUGUCUCUGCUGUGGUGUUCUGGCUCAUAUUCAUGUAAUUCAGUGUUCUAGGAGUCCCUAAUAACAAGCCAUUUGAAUAUAAUUUAUGGGCUUAAAUACAUUCUAGAAAUAUUUCUCUAUGUAAAACCAACUUUAACUAAUAUAAUUUGACAAUGGAGAGCGCUAGCGGUCCAGCAGCUCUUGUGGAAUUAUAACCUACAGGGCCUCCACCUGUCCAACCCCAACCAUCGCGGCUGACAAACAAGCUCCCCAACGAAGACAACAUAGCGGCAGCCUUUGACCUUUUCUGGACCAGAUGGCAGGCCAUAAAGGCGCAGACCCUAGCAACCACAAAGGUCCACCAACUUGCCUGCACCUAAGCGCACAGCCACGCCACCGACCGGCAAGCAACAGCAGAGGGUUCAGACCUUAAGGCCGCACAUCACCUAUCCGACACCAUCGACAGAUUCAGAGAAUCUCUCUCCACAGCCUGCCGCUGCACAACCCAAAAAAGAAGUGCACUCGAAAGGCCUACACUCGGCCCACGGCAGGAGAAGCAAAGAUGGCUUAUCAGCACAUCACCCACUAACAGCAAUGCACAGCCGCAACCAGCCUCCAGAAGAACUUUGCCUCCUCGUUCAGUGGACAAUCAGACACUUACCCGCAGAACAGGGGCAGCAGGAAAGCCGACACGCCACCAAAGGACUCUCCUAACCAUCCGAGGCACUCACGGGGGACUAGGAAGUAACGGUGGAGACCUUCCACAUCCCAUGACCCAUGGUACUGGGGACCCGGACUGCCACACGCACCUGGACUGUAUCCAGCAUCCAAUAGGUAUUGGCUGAACUAUUAUGGGCACCCCACAGGCAAAAUGGCCAACAAGCUCUCAUGGGGUUAAUUGCCUGUCUCCUGGACUGAUACCGCAUCACACAACAAGAUGCAAUUUAAAACCUAUCACUUGAAGCCCAUUUGCACUCGAGUAACCGCAAUGAUAAGAUAACCAUACCGAAAUGUUUUAUUUUCAUCUUGGCACACACAUAAUGUUUAAUGGGGAGAUUUGCCUUCACACUACAGUGUUAAUUAAUGAAGCAUUUCAUAGCCCCCCUUGCUAUAUAAUAACCACCCUUGUAUAAAAGCUAGACCUACCCUCUAUCAAUCUGUUAAUGUUAUUCCGUGGUACCCACAGCUAGCUAACUGGAAACACUAGCAAAGUUAUAUUCAGUUAUGACUAUUAUAAUAAGCGAUCAUUUUAUUUUACUGACUUCAAUGUUGAGCCAAGCUGAUGUUUGUUAUAAAUAUAUAUAAAACUGUGCAAUUUCUCAUGCCACUGUUCAACUUAAGUAUAUUCUCAGACACGCUGUUGUGGCGUAUGACAUUGCUAUGUAUAAUAUGCACAACAAAAAUAAAGAACUAAAAAAAAAACUGAGGAACUGCAAGGUCCAGGGACUAAAGGUACAUAAUUGUAGGAGUCGGGUGCAUAAAUCUAAAUAGCUAGGAAAACUAUUAGGAGUAUGUUUUGUGUUCCAUUAAAUGUAGAUAUCUUCCCACUUAAUCCUAUUUCUGCGUGACUCCAUCUCAUCGCUCUGUCUAUUGCAGCCUCUCCCAGUUACCUACACUAAGCUUGCUUGACUCCAUUUUGCCCCCAAAUUAAAUCUAUAUUCUGCAAAGGACACUUCCAAUGCUUUGCAGUUACUGAUGGGACAUGUAUGUAUGCCAUUUCUCUCUAGAUGCAUGUACACAUCUCGGGCAGAAUGUGGCGAUUAAGUUUCCCAUAAUGCAAAACUGGAGUGGAAGUUCCUAAAGCUAGAACACUGGCUAAAACUGUGUCCUAAUAAAGCCUUUAGUUUUUUUUUUUUUUUUUUGUUCUUGCAUCCACCAUAUUAUGCACACCAGUGAACACUUCAAUAGCAUUUACUAGGGUGAGGGGGAAACAAGAACUCUUCCUUCAGAGAAGUGACUGAGCCACUUUAAAGUGAUCCGUGUGUCUGUCUAUCCUCUAUGAAUUAUCAUUGGAGAGUAUUUGUUAAACUUUGACAAAUACUUCAGCAAACAAUUCUCCAGCUUUCACGUGUACCCUUUUUUAAAAUUUAUUUUUCACUUUUGUAGUUCUCUGACAUCAUGAUGCCAACACUUCGACAGGCUCGGCCGGUUGCAUCCAAGCUCCCUCGUCCUGGGAAGACCGUAGCAGUGGAAAAUGUUCGUCCUGACAAGGUAAUGUCUGAUUACUGACCUGUCUUGGUGCAUUGGCUGUUACCCUCUGGGUGCGAUCGUAAAGUUCUGUUCCACUGACUUGAAAUUGGUAUACAACUUUAUUCAGCCUUUGUACCUUUUAUUGCAUUUUCUGUUCACAUAUUCAUAUCUAUAUACUGUAUCCGGAUUGAACACUGAAGUACUGCCUUCCCUUGCAUAAUAUUGAGAAGCAGUUUGUGGCUUCCUCCUUGUAAGCGGAUUCAUUUAACCCACUUAAUAAUAGAGAACCCUCACCUGCCGUACAUGGAUGAGAAAAGGGUAGGGGUACCAAUGCCCAGGUUGCGUCCUGUUGAGUAGAGGGAGCUUGUCAAAUUAUCACUAUUUCAGAGCCAGACAAAUGUUAAUUAGUUCUGCACUCUGUUGGCACACAAGCCAUAAGUAUGCCACAUUGCGGGUAUUAAUACCAAAGGACAACAGAGGGCGUUUCACAGCCAGUGGGUUGAUCAAAGAUCUCCCUCACUAUGCAAGCUGCCCACACCUUUGCACGAUUGCAACUUGCACAGAAUGCCCCCUUAAAAUGCCUUGAUACUAGACCAAGUUCUCCUUCUUACAUAGCUGAAAAGUGACUUGUGUCCAUCAAGUUCAGCCUUCCGCACAUAUGUUUUUGCUGUUGAUUUAAAAGAACACAAAAAACCUAGUCUGAAGCGCUUCCAAUUUUGCAACAGACUAGGAAAGAGAUUCCUUGUUGACCACAAAAUAGCAGUCAGAUGUCUCCUUGGAUCAAGCAGCUAAUACCCCACCAAUUAGAAAUUAUAUCCCUGUAUGUUUUGUUUUUUGCAAGUAUUUAUUAAAUGGCAGUUUAAGCGUCUGUAUGGACUCUGAUAAAACCACCUCUUCAGGCAGAGCAUUCCAUAUCCUUAUUGUUCUUACUGUAAAAAAACCUUUUCUUUGCCUUAGAUGAAAUCUCCUUUCCUCCAGCCUAAAUGUGUGACCUUGUGUCCUAUGUAUAGCCCUGUUUAUGAAUAGAUUUCAAGAUAAAGUUUUGUACUGGCUCCGAAUAUAUUUUUGUAUAAUGUUAUCAUAUCCCAAAUCAUUUUGCUGGAGGUUAUCACGCUUUGACACAUUCCCUGACAACUUUCGGAACAAGUUGUCUGCAGCAUCUCUGUGCUGACCAAUCUGCAUCUUCUUGAAUUAAUGCAUCUCUGUUGAAAAUUCACCACGUGCAUGGAGACACUGAAUUUCACGUUGUGCAGCACUGACCCAGGAAGCACCUCUAGUGGCAGUCUGAGUGACUGCUACUUGGCGCAAUGUACACUGCCUUUUCUCAGAAAAGGCAGUUUUUACAUGAAAAUGCCUGCAGUGACUGACUAUACUCACCAGAACAACAUUAAGCUGUAGUUGUUCAGGUGACUAUAGUGUCACUUUAAUAAGCUGGUUUCGUGUAGCAUUUUGGCGUUUGACGGGUUCACCUUCACUGUAGUAUACCAUAUUCUAUGUGUUUAAUAGAAAUUAAACGCACUAGCUGUUUCAAAAAAGGCUGUAGUGUGUGUGUGUGUGUGUGUGUGUAUGUAUAUGUGUGUGUAUGUAUGUGUGUGUGUGUGUAUGUAUAUAUGUAUAUAUACGCAUACGCAAAAGGGGUCUGAAUGCUCUUUAUAUGGUUCGAUUUUUGUUUAACAUCAUGCAUGCAUAUAAAUACAUUCAUUCAUUUUCUUGUAGGAGGAGGGUGUUCAGGUCAAGCGAUCGCCAUCCUCUCCCCAGGGGGGUGUUAAGAAGAGAUCUGCUUUUGGAGACCUCACUAAUGUAAGUAUAUACUCACAACUCUGGUGUGUGGUUGGUUGUUUUUCCUUUCCUUAUACCCCAUUCAUAUUAAAGUGGCUUUAUUCUGAGAGUUCACUGACGCUCAGAAAAUGUUGAUGAUCUAAACUGUUACAUUAUGUACAAUUACAGUAGUGGCUGUUCGUUUGCAUGUAUCUAUUAGAAACAAGAAUAUACUGUUCCAUAAUUGUUUUAUAGGCUCAUAAAAAUAUCCAGCCGCAAAAGAAAAAAGAUGGACAAAAGGUUGCCGUGAAAAAGACAAAAAACGCUUCUCAGAGUGGAACUGCUAAAAACAAUGAGCUGAAUCUCAAAAAGUAAGUGUAUUAAUAUUGCCUUUUUUUUUUUUUUUUGGACCAAAACAACUCUUAGCUUAAUGAAGUAGUUUUUGUGUAUAGAUCAUGCUCCUACAAUCUCACUGCUCAAUUCUCUGCCAUUUGAGUUUCAACACUUUGUUUAUGCAGCCCUUGUCACACCUUCCUGCAUAUGACUUACACGGCCUUCCUAAACACUUCUUGUAAAAAAUCACCUAAUGUUUAUAGUUCAUUUAUUGCACAGUUUUGUUUAAUUUGCAAUUUCUUAUCUAAUGCUCUGUUAAUGGCUUGCUAGACCCUGCAGGAGCCUCCUGUAUGCUCCACUUGCAGAGCAGGAGAUAAAACGUUUAAAAGUAAGUUACACCUGAUUGAAAAUAAAACCAUUUUGUUAUGCAGGCUGUGUCAGUCACAGCCAGGGGAGGAGUGCAUCAACCGAAAUAAAUAAUUAACUCCCAAAUGGCAGUGAAAUUUCAUAGGCCUGAUCUGCAAAGUAAAACUGUUUAACUACUGACCAUUGCAUUUUUAAUUUAUUGAAAUUAAUGCACAUUUAAAAAUAUAUCUCUUUAUGACUGGUUUUUUUUUUUUUCUUCUCACAGGACUCUUAAGAAAAUUACAGCUGAGGAGCUGGUCUCUGAAGUUGUAAAGGAAGAAAGGCUAAUCACUGAAGAAACCUCUCCACCUAAAGUGUGUUUGGAACAGGUAUAACAUUUCUACAUUUUGUAACUUGGGCCCUGAUUUAAUAUUGUAGGAUAAUUGUUAUGUUAUUAUGUAAUAUUUGAAUAUUUAGAUUCAUUUAUUAAAAAAAAAAAAAAGAAUUCUGACUAUUGGGAGGGGGGGAGAAUUAUUUUAAAACUGGUUUUUUUCCCCCCAGCAGAAAAUGUUGUCAUUUGAAAAGCUUGUGCCGCAAUAUUAAUUCUAAGCUUUAGAUUGUGGUGGGGUGUGUUCUGGUUUUAUGUAAUACGUGCUCUCAACCUAUUUACUUCCAAAGUUUGGGCUAGAAUUUAGAAAUAAAAGUAAAAAGUUCUUUCUUUUAGUAUCUGUGAUCUAAUGAUCAUAUAUGGCUGCAAAAGGCUGUUUCUAGAUAUUGAACACAGAAGAAUUAGAGCAGAGACGCUGUGAUAUAUGGGAUAUAAUAUUUUAUGGGUUAUGCAUUGCUCAACCGAAGCAGAGCGAACAAUGGGGCUCUAUUAAUCUCUUCUAAUUUGUUUUAGCCAUUUUUCCCCUGACCUUCAUUCUCAUCUAUUUUUUUAUUUUUUUUUUUUUUUAUUUUUUUUUACCAGCAUUACUGUAUUAUAUAAAUAUUUGCAUGAAUUAUAUUCUGAACUGUGUAUUCUCCCACCCCCCCACAGCUGCUGCCACCUGAUGUAGAAGAUAUAGAUCAGGACGGCAGUGAGGAUCCAUUUUCCAGUUCAGAGUAUGCUUUGGACAUCUUCAGUUAUAUGCGUGAGAGAGAGGUCUGUUUGUGUGUUGUGGUGUUUGUGGUUUUUUUUUUUUUUUUAACACUAUGUUCGCCAGAAAAAACUACAGUUUAUUGCAUUUGUUCUGAUGAUUAGAAUCAUUCGCUUCAGGCUUUUUGUUGUAAACAGUGUCUUUUCAGAGAGAAUGCAGUGUUUUAUAUUACAGCCUAUGGAUACCUCCACUGGCCACUCAUCAUAUGGCUACUAGAGGUGCUUCCUGGGGCAGUGCUGCACAGUGAGCAGCACUGCCAUUCAGUGUCUCCACCCUCUGCAUGCAGACUCUGAGCUUUCCUCAGAGAUUAAUUGAUUAAAUUCAUCUUGAGGAGAUGCUGAUUGGCCAGUGCUGUUUGACUUGUGUUGGCUCUGUCCCUGAUCUGCCUCCUUGUCAGUCUCAGCCAAUCCUAUGGAGAAGCAUUGUGAUUGGGUCAGACCAUGCUUAUUAUGUCAGACAACAGGCAGGUCAGAGGCAGACCAGGGCAGAGCCAGCAACUGCAGACUUGAAUACAAGUGAGAUUUUACUAUAUUCAGAGGGGCUAGAUGGUGUUUUUAACACUACGGGAAUACAUGUUUGUGUUCCUGACCCUAUAGUGUUCCUUUUAUUCUCUGUGGAUUUUUUUUAAAAUUUUUAGUUUUGGGGGGUUUAUUGGUUUUUGUUUUUAUACUGUCAGACACUGCAAAACACAUGCAUACAUUAAAGUGCAACUACAAUCAUUUAGUCUAUACUUAAAGGGACAUGCAUCACUGACUUCUACCAGUAAACAAACCCCUUUUUAAAUAAUUAUACAAGCCAAAAUAAAGCAAAAACUUAAAGAGACUUCGCACUGUGUUCAAACUUUUAUAUAAGGCCCCCCCAGCACCACAACCUUCUCCGCUUUAGACUAGGGCACUAAUGACAGAAACAAGGCAUUAUUGUGUAGCAGCAUAAGAGAAACCGGAAAACCGAGCCUGCUCUUCAUGAAUCACUGAUCAGACUCCCUCUCUUUUUCUAUCUGAGUGUUGCAAGGGGAAGUGAUCUUCCAACUGCACACGUUUAAAUCUGUCAGGCAUGCCCACAGCAUUCCUAAAGAUAGAGCACUGGCUAGAUCCGUGCCACCCUAGUGUGUAAAGCAUAAGCAAGAAGAAGCAGGUAAAUAUGGAAUUAAAAUAAUAAUAAAAAUGUUUUUAUAUUUUUAAAUCAGCCUGCAAAUUAAGGCAAUGGUCUUAUUCAAAGCGAAGACUUUUAAAUAUUACGUGUGGGCACAAUGAUAAAACAGCGGGUAUCUAUCCACCCCAUUUUUUUUAUUUUAUUUUAAAGGAAAAUAUUGACUAGCACAUUAUACACCUUUUAAUAUAUUACAAUUUCCUUUUGCUGUUUAUUCAAAUGUAUAAUUCAAUAUGUUUUUGUCUCUGCAGGAGAAAUUUGUGCUGCCUAAUUACAUUGAAAUGCAGGAUGAUAUCACGAAGGAGAUGAGAUCCAUCUUGAUCGACUGGAUGGUGGAGGUGCAGGUGAGUAGUGAAGUGACUGUGACAUGUGUGGUUAUGGCUCUAAACCAAGGAUAUAGCUCAAGUGGGAGAGCAAUAGACUGAAGAGGAACUGACUUAAGCAUAUUCUAAAAUUUCAUUCAAAAUCAAAAAUGUUGAAUUUUUUAUUUUUUUUAUUUUAUGUACAAAUAUUAGUAUUACUAGUUCAGUGGUAGUUUCCUCCUACUAAAUGAGGUCUGGGUUAGUUUAGUUAUUCAUACUUCAUCCUAAACAAAAAUAUCUAUAUUCAGUUCUUUAUAGUUGUUGGUUGAAGUGGUGUUGUCACCUCCAACCCUCCCCUCUAUGCAAAAGAAAUAUUUCAUAAAGAUAAAAUCUUUAAGAACCUCAUUGACUGUUGGAAUUUCACUUAAAACGUCCAGGGACUUUACAGAAUUUGCAAAGACCCCUGAUGGUGACGGGACCCCACAAGCAUAGGGCCCCACCGCGAUGACAAUUGGCCGAAUCCGACAGGUCUCCUUUCAUCGCUCUGCUGUCUACCUUCUCGAGCCACUUGCGGAGAUCAAAGCUUACAUUUAUUUUAAAAAAAACAUAUUUUAUUUAAUUUUUUUUAUUAUUAUUCCUGUGAGUGGUUGCGUAGCCAGGGCCUCAGUGCACUGCUUUACCUGCCGUUUUAACUCCAUCUGCUGCUGUUGGUGUAACGCCAUCUUUGGGGGCAAAAUUGGCUUGCCCAGAUUAAGAUUUCAUGGUUGGCUAAUAUCAAUUCUGUGCAAGAGAGGCGCCUCUGUGACUGGUGGGAUUCAUGUCAAGAGGACCAUCUGUUACAAAAGCAUUUGCCCCAUUACCAGGGAAAUGCACCAGGGUUCUUCUAGAUUCAUAACUGCAGUAGGCUGUAGUGAUGUGAUAUGCUUGGAGUAAGCCUUAAAGACCAUGUGCAAUAUAUAUUGUAAGCAAAUAAUACUUGUGUAAGCAAAUUGCCCUUAAUUUGAACUGACUAAAUAAAACUGUAGUAGAUAAAGGAAAUCCUAGCUGUCUUAGACCUCAAUUGGUUUUAAUGCUUACAAUCUUUUCUAAUAUUCCUGGAUUAAUGAAUCGUUCAUGCUUUUUCCAACAGGAGAAUUUUGAGUUGAACCAUGAGACUCUCUACUUGUCAGUUAAAAUGGUCGACCACUAUCUAGCAGCAACUGUGGCAAUGCGGGAGAAGUUGCAACUUAUUGGGUCCACGACCGUGCUUAUUGCUUCCAAAUUUGAGGUGAAUAUUUGUGAUGAAUGCAUUAUCUGAAAUAUACAGUCAACUUCAUUUUUUUGUAUGGUUUUUUUUUUGUGUGUGUCUUCUAGUGUAUCAUUAGGGGAAUGCGCGCAAAUGUCCCAAUCUGUACUUCUGUUAACUAGUACAUUUUAUGUUACAGCAUGUAUAGUUGCAACUUAUUUCUAAAACAAGCACUAUAUAAAAAGAUAGUGAUAUACAAACCAAUAAUGGAAGUAGAACAGGGACUUCUAGUGCAAACCAUUUUUCCAUUAAGAGCAGUGAUCGUUAUUAAAGAUCAUAAGAUAAGCAGAUAGUAAAGUCUAAUAUUGGGACACUUGUCUCAAACUCCAGCAGCAAACAUGGUCAGUUACACUUUUACUGAUGUGCGAUAAUAUCCAUAUUCUACUGUUGCCUGUCUAACAGAUUCCAGCCAAAAAAAAACAUUUUAUUUAUUUAUUUAUUUUUUUUAAUCUCUAGGAACAUUGGCAGUGGUGGGUCCUAAAUAAAGAACAGAAAUCUGAUAAUUUUUUUUUUUUUUUAUUUAAUUUUUUUUCUGACAUAUGGUGGCAGUAUAUAUGGGUUGUGCUUCCUAAUUGGAACAAUCAUCUGCAAGAUAGGUGAUUAAGAAAAGUCCCCUCCCCUUUACCCUAUGAAGGGCCCCCCUUACCGGCACACCCACCUCAGUUCUUCCUUGUCACAGCACGGGACCAAUCAAGUGUCUGUUGAAGGUGAGGCACACCGGUUGCUGUCUGAAGGAGGAAGACAAAUAGCAGCCUGGGUGGUAGGCUGAGCAGCAUGGCUCCACCCCGCGGAUAUUCUGGAGCCCUUUCUGUUUAACUUUGCGCCGAGUAUGUACCGGCUUGGUGAGUAUGGGCCGAGGGUCGCCUUCAUUAUGUUGCAGUCCAUGCGCCUGCGCACAGCAGUGAAAUGCACGCUCAGGUGGCGUUGCGUUCCACCGAAGUUACGGGUGCGAUAUUGUACAUGCGCGAACUGGAACUUACGGGAAACCGCAGAGUUGGUGGCAGCAGGAGGCUUGUUAGAAUGGUUCCCCAUGUCAACAACCCUCCACACAGCUCAGAGGUUUUCAAGGUAAGAUUCGCUGAUCUUUCCUUCGAAAUUCUGUUCUGAUUAAAAUUGCAAGUUAUGGAUGGAAUUGUUUUGCAGAAAGUGUACUGAGUGCAAAAUGGACUGUUUGUACACCGUGGAAUGCCUCUGCUAUACAAGGCUUUUGCUCAUAGUAUCUGUGCUAUUCCCCUUAAUCUGGUUCUGGGGUUUAUAAAUCUGUCCAAGGUGCUGCAAUUUCUUGGGUAAAAUUAAGAAGAGAACAUGCAAUCAUUCCUAUCUUUUGAAUUUUUAUAGAGAAUCAAAUAGUGUAUCAGCUGCGCUGCCUGAGAUGUUCCGCAGAGACGUCCUUCGAUUCCUUCUAAUGUCUGGCAAAUGUUUAUAUACUUCUUCUUAAGACUUGUGUGGUGGUUCAUACUGUGUGGAGUUGGUUCCCACCUGAUGUAUUGAGAAGGUUCAUUAGGAAUUAAUCGGUCAUGGGGCAGGAUAAAUCUGCUAAACUUUAAUGAGGGUUAUCUGUUCCUCAAACCCCCGUGUCUUUCUUAUAUGCAGAAAUGGGAACACACUUUGUAACAAGCUUUUCUUGCCCAGCGUUUAAUAUGUUUACCUUCAAAUGGGUUACACCUCCAGGUACACCGGGAACCCAUAAAAUUCUGCAGAAGUAGCUGCUUUAAAAACCCUGUCGUCAAGAAGGCUGUGAUUUCUUGCAGAAAAUCUUUCCAGACUGCUGGGUUUCGGUAUGGGUCUUUGCUGGCAGGUGCAGCGGUGUCCAAAACGUAUACCUUUGUUUACAAUCGUUAAAGGAUCACUAUAGGGUCAGGAACACAAACUUGUAUUCCUCACCCUAUUGGGUUAAAACCACCCUGAGCCCCUCAUGCCUCCCUAAAUAUAUACAUCUUACUUGUAUUCAUGUCUGGACCUGCUGGCUAUGUCUCUGUUUCCUUUAGACCUGCCAGCUGACAUCAGCAGACGUGGUUGUCUGAUCCAAUCACAAUGCUUCCCCAUAUGAUUGGCUGAGACUGUCAAGGAGGCAUCUCCUCAUAGAGCUGAAUUGAAUCUCUGAGGAAUGUUCAGUGUCUGCAUGCAGAGGGAGGACACACUGAAUGUUUGGAUGCAUUUUAGGCAGCAAUGCCCCAGGAAGCACCUCUAGUAGCCAAUGGAGGUAUCCAUAGGCUGUAAUAUAAACACUGCAUUUUCUCUGAAAAUACAGUGUUUAUAGCAAAAAGCCUGAAGGUAAUUCUACUCACCAGAACAAAUUCAAUAAGCUGUAGUUGUUCUGGUGUCUAUAGUGUCUCUUUAACCCCUUAAGGACCAAACUUCUGGAAUAAAAGGGAAUCACAUGUCGUGUCUUUAAGGGGUUAAUGUAGGUUACUUAAGUCUCCUGAUAAGCAGCUCAUCAAUUUUCCUGUUUUAUUUGUGAUUGUCACAUACUCUAUAUGGAUUUGACAAUGACUGCCAAGAUGGUGUGUGUGGUUUUUUUUUUUUUUUUUUUUUUAUAACCGUUGAAAAAGGAAAAAAGCUCUGCCUCAAGACAAGUAGAGCUUGGAGGCGUAAUCCUGCAUUUCUAUACGAAGUGUGGAUGGCUCAGUAGGUUUAGACCUUGUUCAACCCUUGGGGUUCACGGGUUCAUUUCCCCUGCAGGGUUGACUCUGCCCUUCAUCCCUUUGGGGUAGAUGACUGUAGUAUGAGUCAAUAGAGUCACUUAGCAUUCCCAUGAUGCAUUUGGGAAACCGUAUAUAUCUCUUGCCUGGCUUUUAAGUAGAACCUACUUUCAAUUAGUGGUUUCUUGAUAUAGUUAGAGGGUAACGCUUGCUCUUUUCAAAUUUGCACAAUCCAUAAUCUUCCGAACAUCUGAUUCUCUAUUUACAGAAACAAUGUUCAGGUAGAUAGCAGAGUGCUACAGUAACAUGGUUGGAUACAGAGACUGUAAUGUAUUUUCUUCCCCAGGAAACAGGUUUAUUUUUUUUUAUUUUUUUUUUUGAGGUUCGUGUUAACCUUAAAACGUUACUUCUGCAUCUAUUUCACUGGAAAGGUCCAAUUACUAAUAAAGCAAAAAUCCCUCCAUAAGAACAGGAAAUGAGGUUGCUGGGAUGUCUUACAUCUUCAAUUCUUGCGGUCAACUGGGCAAAACCUGAAUAGAAAGCACAACCCAUACUUACUGUCACCAUAUAUUUAAAAAAAAUAAAAAACGUGUGUGUGUGUGUGUGUGUGUGUGUGUGUGUGGUGUGUGGUUUUGUUUUUUUUUUUUUUUAAUUCAAAUUCUGAUAAAAUAGAACUGUCACUUACCAGUUGUCAAAUGUAAGUUUCAGGCUGUUAUUGUCUCUUAUUGUUGGUGGUAAUUUCCAGAGGAAAAAUAAAGUAAUAUUUAUUCAUACAAUUCUUUUUGUUUGGGGAUACAUGGAAUAAUUUGAUUGUGCAUAGAUUUAGUCUGUCAUUUCUCUGCAGGUGUGUGGGUCUUAAGCUUUGUGUUUUAAUUCUCUCAAUUUUCUUAACCAGGAGCGCUGCCCUCCCUGUUUGGAUGACUUUCUUUACAUCUGUGAUGAUGCGUAUAGAAGGGAGGAGCUUGUGGCUAUGGAAAUGGAAAUAUUACAAAAACUCAACUUUGACAUAAACAUUCCUAUCCCUUAUCGGUUCCUGCGCAGAUAUGCUAAGGUAAGAGCCUGUCAUGUCUUUUGUUUCCCCACUCCCUUUCAAAUUUAUUUAGCCAGUAUGAGUCGGGGGAUGGUUCCCCUUUUUUAUGUAUGUAUGUAUCCAUCCCCUGAUGCGCACAUAUUUAUAUAUAUAUAUAUAUAUAUAUAUUAUUAUUUUAUGUGUUAAUUGUAAGUAUAUCUUCUUGACUGUUCCCCCAGUGUGCCCAUGCGAAUAUGGAAACUCUGACACUUGCUCGCUACAUAUGUGAACUCACUCUGCAAGAGUAUGACUUUGUACAAGAGAGUGCAUCUAAAAUGGCUGCCAGCUGUUUACUACUCGCACUGAAGAUGAAGUGUCUUGGUGGAUGGGUGAGUGCAUCUAUUACAUUAGGUUUAAAGAUAGUCUCGGUUAGACAUACAUACAUACAUACAUACAACUAAGCACACCUUUAGGCCUUCACUCUUCCGGAAGGAACUCUGACGAAAAGGGUACUAGAAGCAUCAAAGCAACUUUAGCUUAAAGGAACACAACAGGGUCAGGACCGCAAACCUGCCUUCCUGACCCUGUUGUAUUAAAACCACCAUCUAGCCCCCUGGUUCCCCCUUGCCUCUCUAAAUAUAGUAAAAUCUUGGUUGUAUUCAAGUCUGCAGCUCCUGGCUCUGACCUGCCUGUUGUCUGCUGACCUCUUCAGAAGUGGUGGCCUGAGCCAAUCACAAUGCUUCCCCAUAGGAUUGGCUGAGACUGUCAAGAAGGCAGAUCAGGGGCAGAGCCAACACAAGUCAAACACUGCCCCGGCCAAUCAGCAUCUCCUCAAGAUGAAUUUAAUCAAUUAAUCUCUGAGGAAAGCUCAGUGUCUGCAUGCAGAGGGUGGAGAUACUGAAUGGCAGUGCUGCUCACGGUGCAGCACUGCCUCAGGAAGCACCUCUAGCAGCCAUCUGCAUUACAGCCUUGUGAUAACUUCACUGGCCACUCCUCAAACACUGCGUUUUCUCUGAAAAUACAGUGUUUACAGCAAAAAGCCUAAAGGGAAGGAAUGAUUCUACUCCCCAGAACAAAUACAAUAAGCUGUAGUUGUUCUGUUGACUAUAUGGUGUCCCUUUAAUGAAAGAGUUUGGGUGUAUAGAUGAUGCACUGUCAUGGCCACAUCCGUUAUUUUUGUAUUUAUUUUUUUUUCAACCCACUUCGUGACUCCACUACAUCUAAUUUACCCCUAUAUGAUCCUCCUUCUUCCCACACAUGCCCAGUUUACACGCUCUUGUCCGAAAUUCGGAUGGGAAUUCUGUCCAUUUAUUCGUCAGAAAGACGAAUGAAUAGAAAUGUCAAAUUUAACUAACUCUGAAUAUCUCUGUUCGUUUAUUACAAGGAGGGAGCUACUGGCACGCAGCUCCCUCCUUUUAAUAUGUAAAGAUAGAAGCGGCAGGGAACUAUUCUCCCCGCCACUUCCUAAGCCCCCCCCCCAUGUCCUCCCUCAAUAUAUUCAAAUCUCCCGAAUGCACUUACUCUAGCCUCCACCCUCUAACUGUCCCUCGUGGUGGGGCAUCUUUUAACUAGCGGGGAUGGACAUAGCGCCCACAUGCGGAGGGGAGGAGGAAUUAUUGUCCCACAGUAUCAGGAAGCCAUAUACUAAGCGGCUACAAGAUACUGAUCAGAAUUUAAUUUGAAUGAAAUUUCGAACCCACCUGAAGUAUCGAAUGUCGUCCUAACAUGAAUGAACAAUCUGUUCUCAUUCUAUUGGGGCGAAAUUCGGUAGUUUCGCUGGCGUUCUGUCUGAAUUACAGGACGUUUUGGGAAUAGUGAAAGGAGGAGGCAUUGCAUGGAACAAUUCUCACAUUUCAUGGAGGAAAUGUGGGAAAUAGCUCUGACCACAGUUAAUGGAGCACCCUUUGCUUAGGGAAAGGUAAGUUUGGCAUGACAGUGCCGCUUUAAUUUUCUGUGUUUUAGGAGUUAAAGGAACACUCUAGUGUUAAGAAUGCAAACCUCUAUUAAUAACACUAUAGUAUAUGCUACCUACGUAGGUUAGUGCCCCCAUUCUAUUAAAGAGUUAAUAGGUUUUAAAUGUAACUUUUACUCCACCUCCAUGGCUGACAUCCUCAAUCUAGAUUAUCUCAACCAAUACAAUGAUUUGCCAUAGGAAAGCAUUUGGAGGCUAUUGUUCAUGCGCAGCAAUGCACUGCACCAAUAUCUAUCUCCUAGAGAUGCAUUAAAACAAUGCAUCUCCACACGAAUUACAAUGUUAAACUUAACAGCUGUGUAGCAUCAAAUCCCACUAUGUGAUACCUGUGUAUAUCCCUUUUGUCUCUUCUGUACCCCCCUGUUUUUACGACCUAUGUUGAAAACGCAAUAAAGAUAUAUUAAACAAAAAAACAAUGCAUCUCUACAGGGCGCAUUCAGCGUCAGACACUGAAUGGAGAGACAAAGUGCAGCAAUGAAAUCGGAAGUACCUUUUCUCUGAAAAGGCAUAGUGUACAGUGCUGAGUCUGCAGGGACAUGCUAUAGACCGAAACCACUACAUUAAGCAGUUGUGUUUAUUGUGACUAUGGUGUCCUUUUAAAUUUUUUAUUUUUUUUCUAUCCACACACCCCCUGGCUGAGACUAACACAGCCAACAUGAAAGAAAAAAAGGCUUUUUCAAUAAGAUGUUGGCUUACUUUAGAAGUUUUUAUCACCUGCUCUGUAAAUUGAAUUUUAAUCACUGUAGGCUCCUGCACAGUAUUGCAAGCUAUUAAUAGAGCAGGAGAUACAAAACUUUAAUUUUAAACACUGUGCAAUUAAGAAAGUUUAAACAUUAGAUCUCUUUACAGGAAAUGUGUAGGGAAACCGUAUUUGUCACACGCAGGGAGGCAUGACUAGGGCUGGAUAACCCGUGAAAUAACUUCUAAAUGGCAGAGAUUUGAGCAGUGAGACGGCAGGCGCAUUGUCUAUACACAAACCGCGCUAUUAAGCGGAAGUUGUUCUGGUGCUUAGUGUCCCUUUAAGAAGUCUUAUCAAGGAGUUUCCUCUGUUCAUUUUUAUCUGUCCUGUGACUGUCAUUCUAAGUUAGUACCUGGGGAUGUAAUAUUCAAGAAAUUCCCUUGGAUGUUUUCCAUGCAGGACCACUUAGUCAGUCAGGCAAAACAAGCUAACCAAUCAAAUAUUUCCUCCUACUUUGAUCUCCUGACAUACUUUUGCCUUGCUUUUUACAAUUGGAUUUAACUUGUGAAGAUUUGUAGUUUAGUCAAUAACCCCAAUUGUCACCAUGGCGCAAUAAUAGGCCCUGUAUUUUACAUUUGACUUUAUCUGGAAUUUGUAUAAAUCAAUGUAUUGUAUAAUUGAGAAGUGGAGCAUUACUAAUUUUUAUUCCCUCUGGCAGACUGCUACGCUACAGUACUACAGUGGUCACAGUGCCAAUGAUUUAAUUCCAUUGGUGAAAAGGCUCAAUUUUCUCCUCACAGAACAGCCCAACAGUAAGCUAACCGCAGUACGGAACAAAUAUUCUCACAAGUAAGUACCUCUUUCCAUCUUGUCUUGUGCGACUGCUUUUAGCAUUCAUGUUGAUACUAAAAAAGUACUUGUGGGUGGAUAUAUAUAUAUAUAUAUAUAUAUAUAUAUCUAUAUCUAUAUCUAUAUCUAUAUCUAUCUAUAUCUAUCUAUAUCUAUCUAUAUCUAUCUAUAUCUAUCUAUAUCUAUCUAUAUCUAUCUAUAUCUAUCUAUAUCUAUCUAUAUAUCUAUCUAUCUAUCUAUCUAUCUAUAUCUAUCUAUCUAUCUAUCUAUCUAUCUAUCUAUAUCUAUCUAUAUCUAUCUAUCUAUCUAUAUCUAUCUAUAUCUAUCUAUAUCUAUCUAUAUCUAUCUAUAUCUAUCUAUAUCUAUCUAUAUCUAUCUAUAUCUAUCUAUAUCUAUCUAUAUCUAUCUAUAUCUAUCUAUCUAUCUAUCUAUAUCUAUCUAUCUCUAUCUAUCUAUAUCUAUCUAUCUCUAUCUAUAUCUAUCUAUAUCUAUCUAUAUCUAUCUAUAUCUAUCUAUAUCUAUCUAUAUCUAUCUAUAUCUAUCUAUCUCUAUCUAUCUCUAUCUAUCUCUAUCUAUCUCUAUCUAUCUCUAUCUAUCUCUAUCUAUCUCUAUCUAUCUCUAUCUAUCUCUAUCUAUCUCUAUCUAUCUCUAUCUAUCUCUAUCUAUCUCUAUCUAUCUCUAUCUAUCUCUAUCUAUCUCUAUCUAUCUCUAUCUAUCUCUAUCUAUCUCUAUCUCUAUCUCUAUCUAUCUCUAUCUCUAUCUAUCUCUAUCUCUAUCUAUCUCUAUCUCUAUCUAUCUCUAUCUAUAUCUAUCUAUAUCUAUCUAUAUCUAUCUAUAUCUAUCUAUAUCUAUCUAUAUCUAUCUAUAUCUAUCUAUAUCUAUCUAUAUCUCUCUAUAUCUCUCUCUAUCUCUCUCUAUCUCUCUCUAUCUCUCUCUAUCUCUCUCUAUCUCUCUCUAUCUCUCUAUCAAGACCCUAUUGGGUCGAAACGUUGAUGACUGAUUUUUUUCAACACCGGAUUAUAAACUAGUUUGAAAAAUCCCUUGGAGUGCUCCUUCAUUGAUUAUACAUACCGAGGCUUGGAAGCACCCGGGUAAUUUCUGUACUUUAUUUUGGAUUUAAAGGAAGAGUGCCAGAGUUUAUAUAUAUAUAUAUAUGAAUUAUUUUAUUUUUUAUAACCAAAUGUUACUUUGCAAUCUUUUGCAGGAAUACAGUCUGGCUUUCUUUUAAAAAGAAGGGUCACUCAAUUUUGGAAUAGGCACCUCAAAGAAUAUUAUUUUACCCAUUCAUGACAAAUUGAUGUCAUAAGAAAAUAUAUGUAUACACUCUGUAUUCAUAUUUAUUACCUGCCAACUGAUAGCUUUGACUUGUUUUUUGAGGAGGAGUCAUGUCUGCAACUUGGCUUAUACAAAUUUCACUGGGCUGUGCACAUACCCUAUUACUUGGUGAAAAUGCCUGUUACAGUCCAAAACCAAUCAAAAAGCACUUAUGUUGAGUUGCUACCUGGACUGUCUUUAAAGGGACACUAGAGUCACCAAAACAAAUUUAUCUUAAUGAAGCCGUUUUGAUGUAUAGAUCAUGCACCUACAGUCCCACUGCUAAAUUCUGCCAUUUAGGAGUUAAAUCACUGUUUAUGUAGCUCUAGUCACACCUCACUGCAUGUGACUUACACAGCUUUCCUGCAAAGCAAGAUCUAAUGUUUACACUUCUUUUAUUGCAAAUUGUUUCAUUUAGAAUUUCUUAUCUCCUCCUCUGUUAAUAGCAAACUAGACCCUGCAGGGGCCUCUUGUAUGUCAUUAAAGUUCAGUUUACAGAGCAGGAGAUGAAAACAUUUAAAGUAAAUUACAUCUGAUUGAAAAUGAAACUAUUUUGUUUUCAUGCAGGUUGUGUCAAUCAUAGCCAGGGAAGGCGUGGCUAGGGCUGCAUAAAAGAAAAUAAAAGUGAUUUGAAGUUUUAAUGCUCAAUUAUCUGCCAUUUAGAAAUUCAGAGGCAUGGUCUAUACACAAACUGCUUCAUUGAGUUUAAGUUGUUAUGGUUACUUUAGGGUCUCCUUAACAUUCCCCUCCCCCCAUUUACCAUUAUAGCACACAUUUUUUCUAAAUCUACUUAUUACACUCAAGCAAUCUGACUUUAAACGGAUAAUCUCUUUGAACAGGUCACAAGAACCCCAUGGGGUAUGCAUUCCAUAGGUAUUUGGGGAAAAAAAUAUGAUGCAGAGGUUGUGUUUUUUUUUUUUUUUUUUAAUAAUCCUUUUCUCUGAACAAGACUGAUUUUCUGUGCUUUUUAUGUUGAGUCUGCCUCUCAUUUUGAUGCCAAAUUACAUUUCCCCGCUUAACCAUUUUCAUUUUUUGUUUUUACCUUGCAGGGUAUUCUUUGAAGUAGCCAAGCUGCCUCCUUUGGAUCUGCUAAUGUUAGACACAGUUCUUACAAAAGAACAAUAGUCCAAUCUUCUAUUUUGUAUAUAGCUUUGUAAAUAACUUGUACUUUUAUAUAUAAGGAUUAUUUCAGCACUCUGCUACAACUUUAUAUAAACUUUUGUAUGUGUUCCAGUUGAGCUUUGUCAAAAUAAUUAAAAUAUGAUGAAC